UGUAUGAGUAUGUGUGCGUGUUUUGACAGACUCGCAUGCAUGUAUUUUAAUUGUUAUUUAUUCCAAACCAACCAAAAUUAGCUUUGCUUGCCGACGAAUUGCGCGGUGGUGAAAUAAAACCAAAUAACUUUCGUACAUUUAAGAUGAAACUCCAAGUGAAAACCCUGAAUCAAAAGUGUCUCGUUGUGGAAAUCGACGAGGAUAAAACAGUCUAUGAAUUGAAGAAAGAGCUGUCACUCUAUCCAGACAUUGGUGUCAAUCCGGAAUUGCAGAAAUUGAUUUAUGCCGGUAAAAUACUCAACAAUGAAGAUAAAAUCAGUUCGUACAACAUCGAUGUAAAGAAAUUUCUGGUCAUUAUGAUUCUGAAGCAACCUUUACCGGUGCCAACCCCAACCCCACCUAAAAAGGAAGCCGAAGAGAAGCCAGCCACUGAAGCUACCUCUGCCACAACACCAAAAGAAACCAAAACACCAACAACAGAAACGGAGUUUAGAACUCCAACAGCACCAGCUCCGGCUGCAGCAACAACACCAUCAACUCCGGCAGCAACAACAAAUCCCGAAACCGAGGCAAUGGUUGCUCAAAUUGUUAGUAUGGGUUAUGUGGAGCACGAUGUACGAAGAGCUCUAAAGGCUAGUUUCAACAAUCCCGAACGGGCCAUUGAAUAUCUUAUAGAAGGUAUACCUACCUCCCCAUCUACCCCUGAGGGUGAUAGCUACACAGACACAGAUGCCGAUCUUUCCAUGACACCUUUUGAGGUGUUUCGUGGCGAUCCGGUGUUUCAAAAUCUACGCAGUGCCCUACAACAGCAUCCGGAAUUAAUCGAUGCUGCCAUCCAAAGAAUCGGUGAAACAAAUCCAGCCCUUUUGGAGUUGAUUAGUGAAAAUCAACAGGAAUUCCUCAGCAUGCUGAUAGAUGGCUCGGAUGAUGACGAAGACGACGACGACGAAGAAGACGAUGACGAUGAGUAGACAAGUUGGUGCCUUAAAUGGAACAAAAAUGGAAUAUUUUUGUAACAUCAGUUGUAUGAUAAUUUAUUUAUAAUUGUAAAUUUUUGUUUUUCCUUUUACCACCAUUGCUGUUAGUUUUAUUUCAAUAGAUUGUUAUUGAAGAUAAUUGCAGUGGUGAUGAUGAUAUUUGUAAAAUAUCCCAUUUCAUAUGAAUUUAAAUGUUUAUAGCUACCUACAUAAAUACUUUUUCAUUCGAAUAAAUCGAAAUAAUAAGUACAAAUAAUCAAAG